AUGAAAUUAGCUUGCAUUGAAAAUAUCAGAAGACAAAAACAACAUGUAGAAAGAUAUAAAAGACAACUUGCAAGGCAUAGAAGUGGAGAAGAUAUAAGCUUAAAAUCACAAAAGACUUUUAGAAAACCAAAACAAGAAAAGCAUCUUAAAUCUUUUCAAGUAUAUAAAGAUGUGUUGUUUGAUGAAUUUUUAGAUAAAUCUAAGAAAUUGCAGAAGCUAACAAAUCAAAUAUUAAAAGUGCUAAGUCAGGUUUGGGAAUCACCUAAGUGA